AUGGCCGCGGAAGGCGAGAUGCUCGCGGCAUGGCAGCAAGGCGGCUCCGAUUCGCCUCCGCCACCUUCGGAGCAACGGCAAGAGCAGCUAGCGGCUCCCUGGCGCGUGCGCAUGGCCGCGCGCGAGGAGAUGAAGGCGGUGGCGGACCUGCAGGCGGAAGUGUUCCACGACCCCCCGCCCGCCCCGCUGUCCGCGCUGAACGCCUUCUUCCUAGACAUGUUCAAGGCGGAGCUGUACGACAACCUGCUGCACAAGCUCAAAUACUCGCCGCCUGACAGGCACUGCAUUCUCGUGGCACAGCCUUCCACCCAGCCUUUUCCGCCUCCUGACCCGACCAUCGACCCACCUGCACGAGAAACCUCCAAGAGACCGUCACCAGCAUCCACAUCAGCAGCAGCGGCAGCAGUGGAAGUAGUGGGAGUGGUGGACCUGACAGCGCUGGACGACCGCAGUGUGUUGAAGCACCUGUCAGGCGCGCAGGACUACCUCUACCUCUCCGGCAUGGCUGUGCACGCCUCCCUCAGGCGGGAGAGCAUAGCAUCGGUGCUGUUGGCAGCGGUGGAGCAACUCUCGCUGCAGUGGGGCUUUGAGUACAUAGUGCUGCACGUGCACGAAGACAACAUAGCCGCGCGCCGCCUGUACCAGAAGGCCGGCUACCUCGCCAUUGACUGCGACAGCCGUUGGACGUCCACGCUGCUCGGCAUGCGCCGCCGCGUGCUGCUCGCCAAGCGCACCAAUGGGUACUUGAGCCGCGCUGCUGCUGCCACUGCCGCCGCUGCUGCUGGUGUUGCGGAAACGAGUGGUUUUGGGGAGAGUGGUGGUGCCAGCGGAGGGGCGAGUUUGUGUGGCGGUGGUGGGGAAGGGGAAGGGAGGGUGGAUGGAGUUGCAGCGUCUGCUUGUGCUUGUGGGUCGGCGUCUGCUGUGUCUAGUAUUUUGCCAUCGCGACAGCUUGAAUGGCAGCCUUCAGCAGUGUGCUCUUGA